CUGAACCUAGGAGCGGUGCUUUGCAGGAGCUCCGAUGACCAGUGCGCAUUCUGCUUGAUCUCCAGUUUCCCUCACAACACCUCACAUGGGAAAAUGAGUGGGAGCAGAGGAGGAGAAAUGGGAGUAUCCAUCCUCACGCCAAAGAAAGAAGACUUUAAAUGAGAAAAGUAAUGAGUGAGAAUGCUAGAGUGAAAAAGCAACGGUGAAAUGAAAAUGAAAGAUCAAAGAAGAUGAGAGGAGGAAGGAAAAACAGGAAAAAAUGCAAGUGUAGGGAUUUCAGGGUGGCACAUGGAGAAGAGAGGAUGAGCGAGCGAAUGGGAGAAGACGGGAGAGAGUGAGAGGGAAGGGAAGAGAAGGGAGGGAGGCGAACCACACUGCAGACACUCGUCCGCUGUCACUGCUCUGCAGCCAGAGGACAGAGGCGGCAACAAAAACAGCGUGAGCAGAUACGAUGGAGGAGGACGACGGCACCAUCAAUCCGAGGCUCCGUCCCCAUCACUGACCACCUCCCUUUAGGACCAUCCUGUCAAGUUGGGACCAAAACAAUCAAAAAGAGGAAAGUCCUUCUGGAGAACACAAGUUCUGGACCUUCAACUCCUGCAGGACUAUCGUUUGCACCUCUGAGAAUUUCUCUUUCAUACACACCCACACUCUUCAUCACAGCCUUUCUCUUCUUCCUUGUGUGUUUGGUUUGAUUUGUCCCUCCUGACUGUUGGAGACCGUUGGAGCCGAGUGGAUUUACUUUCAUCCUGUGACGGACCAUGGGGCCGGGGUGGAGGGGUGAUGGAGGGACCCUCCAGAAAAGGACAGGGGAGAGCCGGUACCUUCUGGUGACAUUGCUGCUGUUCUGUGCUUUCUGGAAGGCUCACACGCAGACCGACGACAGCAAGUCUGUCUACUUCUGGGAAACAGGUCCGUGGGGGAGAUGCAUGGGCAGCGACUGUGGACCGGGUGGCAGCCAAAGCCGAGCAGUCUGGUGUGCCCAUGUGGAUGGCUGGACGACGCUCCACACAAACUGUGACCAGGGUCAGCAUCCUUCCAACCAGAGGAACUGUUUCCGUGUGUGUGACUGGCACAAGGACCUCUAUGACUGGAAACUGGGGGCCUGGAAUGAGUGUGUGCCAGUGUCGGCAAGGACCUUUGGGGCCCCGCGUCAUUUCACGUGCAGUGGAGCCGAAGAGGGCAUUCAGACUCGGGAGGUGGGCUGCCUGCUCAAGUCAGAUGGGUCUCCAGCAGAGGAUGCCAUCUGUGAGUACUUUGAGCCCAAACCUCGCUUGGAGCAGGCAUGUUUGAUCCCAUGCCCUCAGGACUGUGUGGUUUCAGAGUAUUCGCCAUGGACAUCCUGCUCCAAAACCUGUGGAACAGGCCUCAGGAAUAGAGUGCGCAGUGUACUGGUUCCUCCGCUUUUUGGAGGUGGCAUUUGUCCCAAUCUCACUGAAUUUCAAUCCUGUAAACCGGGGCUUUGCACUGGUCCUGAGGGUCUGUAUAGUCUCAGGGUUGGACCAUGGAGCCCUUGUGCCCUACCACAAACCCGGACGGCACGGCAGGUCAAACGAAGGAAAGGAAAGGGCCAAGGGCUCCGGGAACGAACUGGAGUUAAGGAUCCUGAGACCAGGGAACUUAUUCAGAAGAAACGGAACAGGAACCGCCUUAACCGCCAAGAAAGUCCCUUUUGGGACAUUCAAGUGGGGUUCCAGGCACGGGACGUGGUCUGCAUACACAGGAACGGGAGCAGAGUGGGACGCAACUUGUGCUUGCCACGGGACCUUCCUCUCACCAUCCAGUCCUGUGUUCUCCCUAAAGACUGUCAGGUCACCGAGUGGACUCAGUGGAGCUCCUGCUCAAAGACCUGCCUGGACCUCGAGUCUCCAAGAGGGAAUUGCACUCGGAGAAGACAGGUGCUCCAGUUUCCAGUAGGAGAUGGAGCCGACUGUCCCCCACUGGAGGAGACGUUGUCCUGUGAACCUCAGGGUGAAAGCCUGCCGCCCUGCGCAGCCUUCGUGUGGAGAACUACCGAGUGGAGCGACUGUCGAGUAGACUUACUGCUGAGCCAACAGGACCGUCGCCGCAGCAACGUGACGGGGCUUUGUGGAGGAGGUCUGCAGACCAGAGAAGUUUAUUGUGUCCAGGCCAAUGCGGAGCUUCUGGAAUACCUCACCGACCUCCGAGAAAAAGACAAAGCAGGUCAGACCCAAAGACAGCAGAAGCCUAGUGUCCCCCCUCUCCUCUCCAUCACCUUCCAGAUUACAGCCUCUCGCCCAGUGGAAAACAAACUAUGCAAAGGUCCGAUCCCGAACCGAUCCCAGCUGUGCCAAAUCCCCUGUCCCAUCGACUGCGAAGUGUCGCCAUGGGGCGCCUGGGGGCCGUGCAUCUUCGAAAACUGUGAUGAUCAGACCGGAAAGAAAGGUUUCAAAUUGAGGAAACGACGCAUCACAAAUAAACCAACGGGAGGUCCAGGAAACUGCCCGCACCUCGUGGAGGCCAUGCCGUGCGACGAUCCCAGUUGUUACAACUGGCAGCUGGUCAGUCUGGAUAAAUGUAUUCCUGGUGAUGGGAAGCAGUGCGGCGCUGGUUCACAGAUGCCACAGGUCUGGUGCAUCAACAGCAACGGGGAACCGGUAGACAGAAAUCUCUGCAUAUCUUCAAAAGCUCCAGAGCCCGAGCCUUGUGAGGUGCCUUGCUCAAGAGACUGUGUCCUCAGUGACUGGACGUCGUGGUCCACCUGCUCCCAGACCUGCUCCAGCAAAACCAUCGAGGGGAAGCAAAUGAGGACACGUUCCAUUCUGGCCUACAACGCUGGGGAAGGUGGCUCUUUGUGUCCAAACAGCAGUGUGCUGCAGGAGGUGCGGAACUGUAACGAACACGCCUGUAUAGUUUAUCACUGGCAGACGGGGCCCUGGAGCCCGUGCACAGAAGACUCCUCAGCCUCAUCACUCAACGCCUCUGGAGGUGUCCGGCCCAGCGGCGACGGCUCAGGUCUCUGCUCCAUGGGAGUCCAGACUCGAAAGGUCAUGUGUGUUCGGGUCAACGUGGGACAGGUCCCGCCCAAGAAGUGUCCGGAUGCCCCUCGCCCGACCACGAUGCGGCCGUGUCAGCUGCCCUGUAAGAAGGACUGCAUCGUGACCCCAUUCAGCGAUUGGACUGAAUGUCCGGUCACGUGUGACUCAGCGGGGGAUGCUGUGAAGAAAAAGCAAUCACGGAAACGUCUCGUCAUCCAGAUGCCGUCCAACGGAGGACAGGAAUGUCCCCAAUUGCUAGAGGAGGAGAAGGACUGUGAGGUCCCAAAGAUCUGUCCAGGUUUCAGGUGGAAAACACACAAAUGGAGGAAGUGCCAGCUGGUCCCCUGGUUUCUCAGGAAGGACUCUCCUGGUGCUCAGGAGACCUGCGGACCUGGACUUCAGACUAGAGGUGUUUCCUGCCGCAAGCUGGACGGCUCUCAGGCCGACAUCAACGAGUGUCUGAGAUCCGCCAAGCCCAUGCUCGCCAUCACUCAGCACUGUCAGCUCCCCUGCCAGGAUGACUGCCAGUUGACCAACUGGUCCAAGUUCUCGUCCUGCACAGCUGACUGUGUGGGGGUGCGCACCAGAAAGAGGGCAUUGAUAGGGAGAAGCAAAAAAAAGGACAAGUGCAAGAACACCCAGAUGUACCCUCUGAGUGAGACACAGUACUGUCCCUGUGAUAAGUACAACGCCCAGCCAGUGGGGAAGUGGUCCGACUGCAUCCUGCCAGAGGGAGGCAGAGUGGAGAGCAUCAUGGGGCUGAAGGUCCAGGGAGACAUCAAAGAGUGUGGACAGGGUUACCGUUUUCAGGCCAUGGUGUGCUACGACCAGGACAACCGUCUGGUGGAGACGUCUCGCUGCAACAGUCAUGGUUACAUCGAGGAGGCGUGCAUCAUCCCCUGUCCGUCAGACUGUAAGCUCAGCGAAUGGUCCAACUGGUCGCGCUGCAGCAAAUCUUGUGGAAGUGGAGUCAAAGUUCGCUCCAAAUGGCUCAGAGAGAAACCUUACAACGGAGGCCGGCCGUGUCCAAAACUGGACCACAUCAAUCAGGCCCAGGUUUAUGAGGUGGUGCCGUGUCAGAGCGACUGUAAUCAGUAUGUGUGGGUCGCCGAGCCCUGGAGCGUGUGGAAAGUUAGCAACGUGGAUCUAAAGGAGAACUGUGGGGAAGGAGUUCAGACCAGAAAAGUCAGGUGUAUGUUGAACACCGUGGACGGACCAUCUGAGUCAGUGGAAGAUUACUUGUGCGACCCAGAGGAGAUGCCCCUGGGGGCCAGGGAGAGCCGGCUGCCCUGCCCUGAGGACUGCGUCCUAAAUGACUGGGGCUCCUGGAGCCGCUGCAGCAUGCCCUGCUCCAGAAACAGCAGCCGCCUGCGGAUAGCGUACACUCUCCGAUAUCCGGGCAUCGGGAGACAGUGUCCAGACACGACCGACAAAGAGCCUUGCAGUCUGAAUCUCAACUGUUUCAACUACUUCUACAACAUCACAGACUGGAGCACUUGUCAGCUGAGUCCCAACGCCGUGUGCGGGAGCGGCAUCAAGACCCGGAUGCUUGACUGCGUUCGCAGCGACGGCAAGUCAGUGGAUAUUAAAUUCUGCGAGGAGUUAAGUCUGGAGAAGAACUGGUUGAUGAACGUCUCGUGCACGGUGGAGUGUCCUGUCAACUGUCAGCUGUCGGACUGGUCGGCCUGGUCAGAGUGCUCGCAGACCUGUGGGCUGGAGGGUAAGAUGAGGCGCCAGCGCUCCGUGGUUCAGGCGUCUCAGGGCGACGGCCGGCCGUGUCCUUCCCAGAUGGAGCAGUGGAAGCCCUGCCCCGUCCGACCCUGCUACCGCUGGCAGUACAGCUCCUGGUCUGAGUGUCGAGUGGAGAGUGUGGUGUGUGGACACGGCGUGCGCUACAGGAACCUGUCCUGCUUUGUGUCGGACGGGUCCAGUGGGGCGGAGGACAGCAUGGUGGACGAGGAGCUGUGCAGCAGCCUGGAGCUGGCCGUCAACGGUGACAAACAGAUCAAUUUAAAGGAAGCCUGCAUCCUUCCGUGUCCAGGUGAAUGCUAUCUGAUGGAGUGGUCAGACUGGAGUUCUUGUGUUAGCAUCUGCAUCAGAGGGGCCGGUGUCGAUUUUGGUUCCGUUCAGGCUCGGUCUCGAGCUGUGUUGGCCCAGGAACCUGAAAAUCUGCAGCUCUGUCCAGACCAGGCGUGGGAGUCUCAGGACUGCACUGGAGGCGAAUGUUACGACUAUAAGUGGUUCAGCAGCAGCAGUGCAAACUCCACCCGUCCAUUUAUCUGGUGUCAGCGCUCAGAUGGACUCAAUGUCACAGGCGGUUGUCCUGCGAGGAGUCCUCCUAUGGACAAUAGCUCCUGUGACCCGCCGUGCCUCAUGCCGAAGUCCUUCUGCACCAAGGCUGGUGUUUGCAUGUGCGAGGAGGGCUACACAGAGGUUCUGUCCUCUGCUGGGGAGCUGAACCAGUGCACCCCCAUCCCCAUCCUGGAGAUCCCCACGGCGGGAGAUAAGAAAGGCGACGUGAAGACCAGUCGUGCCAUUAACCCCACACUUCCCACCACUAUCCAGCCGGGACGCAGUGGACGGACCUGGUACCUGCAGCCCUACGGACCAGAUGGGAAGCUGAAGAUGUGGGUGUACGGUGUAGCAGCUGGAGCCUUCGUGCUCCUCAUUUUCAUAGUGUCUAUGAUAUACCUAGCUUGCAAAAAGCCAAAGAGACCUCAGAGACAAAGACAGCAGAACAACCGACUAAAACCUCUGACUCUCGCUUACGAUGGGGACACGGACAUGUAGUCCUCUGAGAGACGCCUCGCUGAGCACUUCACCCUGCCACACAGACCCACCUCAUCCCACCGUUACCGAGAGGGACACAGAUGUUUGAGUGGACACAUCAGAGAGCAAAGAAGUCAGAGUCGAGCUCUGUGAACUCCACUUUUUAUUUAUUUUAUUUUGCCAGAGCCUUCAGAACCUCCAGCUUAUUCAGUCAAAUGCCUUUUCUUUAUCCCAACAUGUCCCUGAUUACUAACUAGUCUGAGACCAGAGGCUAGGUGCAGAGGAGAGUUUCCGUUCUUCCAUCCUCUUUCUAAUUUCGGGGUUUUUUUUCUUGCUUUUCCCUGAAAACGCUGAGUAGCUGGAGGCUUUGGAUGCUCUGACGGUUUGAACGUUGCCAAAAGUCACCACAGGGAAGAGGAGGAGGAGGGAGAGGAAAAUCUCCAUCAAAAGGUUUGGAUGCUUCUUUUUUUUUUCCUCGAUCCUCAGCUGGGUUUUUGACUCAAAUCUCUUUUCCAGUCUUGAACAAAAGGAAGGCAUUUUUUUCCUCCUUUUCUGCUUGAUUCCGAGGCAAUCAAGCCUGUGUUUGUGGGAUAAAACCGAUCCGUGUGAUGCUGAUGGAGGAGAAGCCUGGAAACUACUGCCUGCCUGUUUGCCCUUGCUUUGUUUCAGGCACUACAUUGCACUAUAUUAGUGCAGCAUGAUAUGCACAUGUGACUUCUACCUUCUAUUGCCAUAAAACACUGCCUCCUCCACAAACACAACCACACAGCAGAGGGACAACACCGAGACGUCCCAAGCGUCAGCCACCAGUAAAUAAUAUGUAUAGAUUUUAUUUAUCACAGCAGAGUUUUUGGUUGUAGUAAAGUACAUCUUUUGUGAUUUGUAGAUUUCGUCUGGUGUUAUCUCUUCAUUUUUGUCCAGAUGCAACUCUCAGAUCAGCUGGAGGUAUUUUUUUUAUUUUUUAUCCAUCUCUUCUGAAGUCAAACUCGGAUAAUUUUGUUUAGUUGAAUAAAAAAAAAUCUUGGAGAGACUGAAGGAUAAAAAAUAGAAAAGCUGAAGCCAUUCACAACAUGCAAACUGUCAUUUCUGCCUUACUGAUGAUUUAACUGCUCCUAAUAUCAGACUGAAACAUCAAAACCCGUAAAUUCUCUUUUGUUUUAAGGAAAUAUAACAAUUUUCUACAACUUUCUCAUGACAGGCCUGUUUCCACUAUCAGAACUUAUGGGUAAUUUUCCCAGACCUUCUCGGUAUGUGCAUGUCUCCAUUAAACUGUGCCAGCUGAAGGGACCAUUUUCCGAGCCACUUUAGUAACCAAGAGAGUACCUGAGAUGGAGUUUAUCCUCGGAAAGGCCCGGUAGAGUCGCUGAGGGGGACAUAUGGUUAACCCAUGCUGAUUGGUUGUAAGAAGUAAGUUGUCUCUAUUACGCGUGGAGAAUUACGUGUCUCUCAAAUGUGAGCAACUUACAACGUACUUUGCUGUCAAUGAAGUGUUUGGUAAAAUAAUAAGCCUUGUGAUUUUAUUGUUAUUUCCCAGUCCCAGGCCACUCUACCACUAGGCCAGUAAGCUGGUAACAGCGAUAAACAUAUUUACACAGGUUUAUUAAACUGAAUAAACCUACAGAUUCUAAAUUACAAUGUCUAAAGUGAUCAGAAUAGAGAUGCCAGCAGGUGCUUAAAGGAGUGAUAACUGCUAAUAAUGGACAUUUAACGUAAUCAUUGUAUAAAAGUCAACUAACUGUUUAAAUCAUAAGUAACAGCUAAGUACAGAGCAGAUGUUAUAGUGAAGGUGGCAUCACAGAGGCGAUGUCCUGAGUUUCAGGCGUAAACUUUGGAGAAUUCCAAAGAUGCGCCGCUAGCAAGCGUUCUAAUGCGUCAGCGCUACGUCGCCGCAGGCUUUAGUCAGAACUAUGUAUACAGCUUGAAAAUUCUGGCGUUCACACAGCGACGUAAGCUUCAGCUGUGCCUUCUUCUCAGUUCGGUUAGAUUGGACGUGGCAGCUUCCACUCUCCAUACUUCGGUAACACUUUACAGUAAGGGUUCCUUUAUUAGCAUUACUUCCUGCAUUAUUAAGCAUUAAUAAACUAUUAAAUAAUGUAUUAACAACCCCCCUUUAUGCUAACCUUGCAGACAAUUCAUGAAUUGUCAGGAAAAAUAAGGGAUCUUUUGUUUAUUAAUGCUUAAAUAUGCAGUAAGUAUUGUUAAUAAAGGGACCUUUAUUAUUAAGUGCUACCCAUACCCCUUCUGGUCAUUGAACGCCACACUUUACACCAUGUGACCACUUUCCUUGUCCCCCAUGUGGGUGAAAUGAUGGCGUACUUUGACAGAAUAAAAUGGUAUUAAUAUCUGUGGAUGCCUUUUCGGGGUUGCCAAGUUUUGCAUUACUCCAU